AUGAAUGGCUUCAGCGAUGGACCCUGGGCCGAGCUGUCCCGCCGAAUCGUGGAGAGGGGGGUCGUCGUCGUCGUCUCCGCCGGCAACGAAGGGCAGAAUGGUCCCUUGUCGUCCGGCACCGGCUCCAACGGCCACGGGGUCCUGUCGGUGGCGGCCAUCAACGUCACGGGCGAUCCCGACAUGGGCUCGAGCGAUCCGGGAGCUCGACCGAUGGCGGCACCUUUCACCUCGUGGGGACCGACCAACGAGAUGCUGCUCAAGCCCGACGUCGGCGCACCGGGCUACCGCAUCGUCAGCACCCUUUUGCGCCAGAGGUUCGGCAUGGCCGACGGCACUUCGAUGGCCGCGCCGUACGUCGCCGGGGUGGCGGCGCUCUACAUCGGAAAGCAUGGGGGCCGAGCCGUUCACGGUCCCGGUUUCGCAAAGCGCAUGGCGAGCCGAAUCAUCUCGAGCGGCCGGAGCGUCGCGUGGUGCACCGGACACGGCAUGCCUCGGCCGGCCUUGGCGGCAUCGCCAUUUCAGGUCGGCACCGGCCUCGUGAAUGCCCAAAAGGUGUUGGAGUCCACGACCGACCUCUCCUUUGAACCAUUCGCCCUGCUGGACACGAAACGGUUCCGACCCGAGUGGACCGUUCAGAUCGCCAACGAGGGCAAGGACCCGGUCAGGUACAGCUUCGAGCUGGAGCCGCAGCCCGGCGUCGGCUUGAACGACCGUCUCGGCGGCAUCAAUGCUCUGCAAACGCUCGAGCCGUUGACACUGGUCCCCAACGUUUCCCUGCCGGAUCCCCUGCUGGUGAGCCCCGGGGCGAAGGCGAGCGCCCGGUGGGUUGGCCACGGCCGUCGUCCGAGCGGACGGGGGAGGCUGACGGGCGACAGGGUCGUGUUUUCCCCCCCCGAGCAUGUCGGCGACGACGAAGCGUUUCCCCUGUACGGCGGCAAACUCUGGGUCAAGGGUGACGGCGGAGAAGAACUCUGCAUUCCCUACGGAGGCGCCGCAUACGACGUGGAAAAGGCGUUCGACACUCUGCUGCACGUCAAAACCGUCAUCCGGGCCGAGGAGCGCGGCUGGGCCUGGUCCUUCGACACCGAAAAAGACCCGAGCGACUACGUCGAUCUACGGGCCGACUUCCGAUAUCCUUGCUACUAUUUCCGCUGGGACAUAUUCGCCAGCGGCUGGACCGAACGGGACUGGACGUAUCCGCCUCUGGUGGGCAAGCGCGGCCAUGUUGGCUCCGCGGCCGCCGUGCAGGUGUCGUCGUGGCAGCGGCAGUACAGGCCAGAGCGGCACAACAAGAGCGACACGGUCGCGUUCCCGCAGCUGAGGGUUCCUCGCGGGAACGCGGCCUUCUGGUGGUUCGGGAAGCUUGCCGACGGCACGCAGAUCGUGGCGGGAAAUUACACCAUGCGAGUGGCCGCCCUCAGGCCGCACGGAAACCCGCACGUAUCGGGCCACUGGGACGUCAUGCGUAUGGAGGUGCCGUCGGUUGCGAUCCUGGCCCGCAACGGGACCCGGUCCGUGACGGCGACGUCGGGCGCGCGCUCGCCGAACUGA